AUGGUCUCCGCAUUCUCUCCCCCUCCCCACCUUCUUCCCGACUCCUCCCACUGGGUUUACUUCUCACGUGCCGCCCAGCCUUUACACGUGUCUCACGGCUGCGUGUUUCCUUCCCCUGCUCAGGCCGACGGUCCUGUUGUUCACAGAACCCGCCCGGCCGUCGCUGGUUCGGUCUCACAGAACCGGUUUUCGUCGCCGACAGACCAGGCCGGAUCGGACGACUCGUUCGGGUUGGAUCUUCAACUCAGCCUCGCUCCGGCCGGAUGCCGGCAGGUUAAAGCCCUGACAAAUGCUGCUGCUGGCUUCUCCCGGCCAUAG